AUGUCCACUUCUACAAAAAUUCUGUCAUUUGAUACAGCUAAAGGCUGGAGCGUAGCGAAUGUUAGAAAUUUUUUAGAAUCCAAGAAAAAUGAUUUUUCUCUUAAUGACGCUGAAAUUGGAAAAUUUGAGAAGAAUAGUAUUAACGGUAGAGCAUUCCUUAAGUAUACUGAAGAUAAUCUUUUGCAAGAUGGUUUAAGAAGAGGACUGACCUCAAACCUUGCAGAGUUUAUCAAGGGUGUGAACAAUCAAAAACAACUUAAUGAUGGUGAGUGUCACAAUAAAAUUAGUCAACGCAAGGAAUGGAUUAAGCUUAAACUUUACCUUUAUUCCGUUUGCAUUGUAUCAUAUCUUAAUCUUCAGUUUUGUGCAGACAUUUUGGUAUUUCAGAUUUGUGCUAUUGCUCUAGCUUAUCUCUGA